AUUUUGAAUAAGAAUAAGUUUACACAGUAUUUUAUCAAAUUUAACUUGAUUUCAAAUUCCCUCUUUAGUCUAUAUACAACAUGAACACAGAAAGCGCAGAGCAUUAGAAUUUUCCAAUAUGGCGCCGGAAAUUUCGAAAACCCGUGAAGCAGUUCGGAGCUCCGAAGAUCAAGAUUCGGAUUCUGAGUUGGAGAAGUUAGAGUACGAAUUGAAGAAAAUGUCGCAAAAGAUUCUAGAAUGCCGAGAAACUCUUCCGGAUCAGCUCAAAUCCACGCUCAUUUCGGUCCUGGAUGAACAACGAUCCUUUCUUCCUCAAAUCAGUCCAGGUACUUUGGAGCAAAACAUGCCCAGUGAGGAAGAUCCAGAGACUGCUGAGAAACUAAAGUUACUUAAUGAAAAGAUAUCAAGCAAUUACUCUGCCGCACCAGUAGUUUUGAAAAGGAUGAAAGACUGCAUUGCCAAAUUUGAGAAGUUAGAUUCUGCAAACAUGCAUCCAGGCGUCAAAAGGAAGGAGAUCGGAUAAAGUGUUUGCUAGUGUAAAUUUCAUGACAAAUCUCUAUUUGAUGAAUGCAAAAUUGCUUCGAUGAGGAAGAUAUGAUAUCCCAUGUUUACCAAAGAAUUUAAAAUUUGGGAUAUACCAAAAUGCAUGGUUUUUUACAGUGCAAUUGAAAAAUUGUUUAAUUUUGCUAAGGGACUUAAUAUGAAUUUCUUAUUAUAUUA